UAUUGCUCUUCGAACCAUUCAAGAACGUCAAGACAUGAAGAUACGAAGAUAUGCCUGCGCAGAAGCUGACUCUUGGCUUCCCACCGUAGCCAUUUUGGCUCAAGAACGCUUUCAUUUUGUCCAUAACGACCCUUCGUGCGAGUAGAAAAAUGGCAGCGGCAUCCUCGUCCUCUUCUCGCCCGCCUCGGGUGUUUAGUCAAGAGGACCGCCUCCUUUUUGACUUGAGCGGAUUUCUCAUCCUACGACAAGCAAAAGAACCGGAGCUGCUGAAGGAGAUGAACAGUAUAAUAGAUGCGUGGAAGCUUGAGCAGGGAAAAGUCAGAUAUCGAGAAGGUCCCAAGCUGAAGCACGCACCUAAGGACUCAGCUAAUGCAGGCGACCCCGCAGCAGCGCAACACUCUAGAGGCGACCUUGGUGAGAUAUUACACGAGAAAGCGUUCCGUCAAAUUUUCUUGGACGCGUCCGCAGUUGGUUGCAUGUUGCGAGGCAUUGCUUGGGAAGGGAUUCCGCAUGGACCACCAGCCUUUCGUGAUUUUGCAGAGCGAAAAAAGUGAAGGCUUCUCGCUGCACGGCGGGCCGGUAGCUGGGAAGGAUCAUAGGUAUAGUUACUCUCAUCUUCACUUGAUGUUGUUAGUUACCUUGUCCCAGAUGGAGUAGCUAUCAGUUAGUACCAGUUGCAGUGGCAACAGGGGAACACGGACGAGCAGUAUACUAGUUUGUAGUCAGCUGCAGCAUGGAAACCUAGUGCAGUUAGUCGCUUAGUAGUCAUCUGCAGAGCGAGAAUCUAGCGCAUUUAGGCAAGAAAUCUUGGCGAUGAUGACCAGCGGCCAAGAUGCCAGAAUCUUCUUGAUGGAAAAGCUCGCGAUAGGAAAUGAAUUCAAUUGCUGGGCGAUAAAAACUAACUUUCUUGGAUAUUGACUGGAGUUGGUCAAUUUCAAUUUCGAAGCACCAAAAUCGACCUUAGGUAGUGUUUUUGAGGUCGAGUUGUUGAAUGUUAGGUCUAAGAUUGUGUCAAUGUGUGGACUUUUCUAGACUUUAGCACCAGUAUCAAUCUUAGGGAGUAACUGGGGGCUAAGUCCUUGAAUGUUAGGCCUAAAAGGAGGAUAUAGUGUCAC